GACGGAUUUGAAAUGCAAAUCAUGUUGAGAGCACUGUAUUGGUUAACGAUGCUGAUUCUUUUUCCUUACUCGAAGGAACGAAACUGUAGUAUUUCUUUAUAUACUAUAGAGUAUACAGAUUCUUGCCCCAAAAACAUGGAGGAAUGGAAAGCUAGAGAAAAGAUGAAAAAGUGUGAAAAUAUUACUCAGCACUGCACAGAAAAAGAAUAUUUCAGAUACCACUGUGUGAGGAAUGCCUUCAUGAAUAGAACAUUAGAAGUUUGUGCUCCCAUCUGGUAUAGUUCUGGAUUUUGCAUAGAAUUCAACAAAGGCGGAGAACGAAUUCAAGAUAACUAUGAGAUUACCUGCACACACUUUGCAACUCCAUGUCCAACGACGUAUGUUUCGACGGAUAUAUAUAAAUAUCCAGAAUGUUACAGUAUAAUCAAUAAAACUGGAAAUGGCUCCAGGUCUUGUGACGAAAAGAAGUGUACAACUCUAAAUUUUAUUUUUAAGAGUCAUUCUCUGUUAGCAUCAAAAUAG